ACCUUAAUAUUGAUAUCGUAGCAACCAAACGAAUCCGGCAGCGGCACAGGACCAUGCCUCAACAUUCCUCCGUUUUCAAUGGCGUCUUCCUGCAAAAACCAACCCCUAUUUCCCUACUAUCCUCGGCGGCAACAUCAAAGUUGGCUUAAUUGAAACAAAUCCAAAACAAAUGUUCUUCUCCAAGACCAAACCAUUUUCGUCUCUCUCUUCUUCUCACCGUCCCAAUCCACCCGACGCUCCAAGCUUGCAAACUCUCCUAAAAAGUGGCUUCAGCCCAACCCUCAAAGACUUCAACCGAUUCCUCCUCUUUCUCUCCCAAUCUGGCAAAUUCAAGCCCCUCAUUCACUUCUUCUCUCAGAUGAGCUCCCACCACAUCAAAGGCAAUCCUCAUACCCACUCCAUCUUCACCAGGGCUCUCCUCAGGGACCACCAAUAUGGACAAGCACAUCAAUUCAUCAAGACCCACAUGGCCAAAUCAUCCGUGUCGCGGAGAAAUCGAUUGUGGGACCGUUUGAUCCAAGGCCUCUGUAUAAACAAAAAAGACCCAGAAAAGGCAUUCUUGGUGUUGCAAGAUUGCUUAAGUGUUGAUGGUACACUGCCUUCUUCUUUUACUUUUUGCAUACUGAUUCAUAGUUUUAGCUCUAAAGGGAUGAUGGGUAGCGCAAUUGAAGUGUUGGAGAUGAUGACAGAGGAGAAAACCAAAUACCCACUUGAUAAUUUUGUUUGUAGUUCAUUGAUUUCUGGGUUUUGUAUGAUUGGAAAACCUGAACUUGCAGUUGAAUUUUUUGAGAAUGCUGAGAGUUCGGGUGGGUUACAGCCUAAUUGCGUGACCUAUACAGCGCUUGUGAAUGCUUACUGUAGAUUGGGCAGAUUUGUGGAGGUCAGUAGUUUAGUUACUAGGAUGGAGAAGGAAGGAAUAAAUUUCGAUGUUGUGUUGUAUAGUAGUUUGAUUCAUGGGUAUUUUAUGGAAGGAGACCUUUUGGGGGCAUUGUGGAAGCAUAGAGAGAUGGUGGAUAUACUAAUAGACUUGGAUACCGUUGGCUAUACUAUACUUGUAGAUGGAUUUUCAAAGGAAGUAAACGUGGUGAAGGCAGUGGGGUUUUUAAACAGAAUGAAAAGGGAUGGAUGUCCACCCAAUUUGGUUACCUAUACAGCGGUCAUGUUGGGAUUUUGCAGAAUAGGGAAACUGGAGGAGGCUUCUGCAGUGCUUAAGAUGGUUGAAGACUUGGGCAUUAAAGUUGAUGAAUUCAUGUAUGCGACUUUAAUUGACGGAGCCGGUCGGAUUGGUGAUUUUGAUUGUGUAUUUAGUCUGUUAGACAACAUGGAGAAGAAUGGUGUUAAUCCGAGUAUUGUUACAUACAAUACCGUGAUUAAUGGGUUGUGCAAAGCUGGGAGAACAGUUGAUGCGGAUGAGUACUCAAAGGGCGUAGUUGGAGAUAUUUGGACAUACAGCACGUUGUUACACGGGUACAUUGAAGAAGAGAAUGUCAUGGGGAUGUAUGAAACAAAGAGGAGAUUGGAAGCAGCUGACGUGUGUUUGGAUGUUAUUAUGUGUAAUAUCCUUAUCAAAGCACUAUUUAUGAUGGGAUCGAUUGAGGAUGCUCUUGCGCUUUAUAAAGGGAUGCCAGAAAUGAACUUGGUUGCAGAUUCUGUUACUUAUUGCACCAUGAUUGAUGGAUACUGUAGAGUUGGUAGGAUUGGUGAGGCUCUUGAAAUAUUUGACGAGUUUAGGGCGACGUCAGUUUCUUCAGUUGCAUGUUACAAUUGUAUUAUUCAUGGGCUCUGCAGGAAUGGAAUGGCGACUGUGGCGUUGGAGGUACUUAUAGAACUUCAUGAGAAAGGUUUUUCUUCAGAUAUGGGUAUCAAUAUGAUGUUGAUCAAGGCAAUUUUUGCAGAAAAAAGUGAAGGAGGAGUGUUUAAUUUAAUUUACAGAAUAGAGAACAUAAGUGAAAUUUUUACGACCAUAUGUAAUGAUGCUAUUUGUUUUCUGUGCAAGAGAGGUUUCUUUCUUGCUGCCUGUGAUGUGCACAUGUUAUUGCAGAGGAAAGGGUCAGUUGUCGAAAACAAGUCCUACUAUUCAAUCAUGAAGGCACUUAGGGGAUAUGGAAAAAGUUGGUCAAAUCGCCCUCUUUUAAAUACCUUGGUAAAAAGGUUUGGCAUAAUUGAACCAAGGGUAUGCAAGAUUCUAUUGGAUUACCUGUGCAUAAAAGAUGUUGACAAUGCUCUUACGUUUCUUGAUGCAGUGAAAGACAAAGCAUUUACCACAACCUUCCAUGUUCAUGUUCUUAGGACACUUACUAGGGAUGGAAGGGCUUUGGAUGCAUAUAAACUUAUCGUUGGCGGAGAACUGAAUCUACCCACUAUGAAUGUGGUUGAUUAUUCCAAGGUGGUUGACAGCCUUUGCAAGGGAGGACAUAUGGAUAAGGCCUUAGAUCUUUGUUCUUUUGCAAAAAGAAAAGGGAUUGCCCUUAGCAUCAUCACGUAUAACUCAGUUAUAAAUGGAUUGUGCCGCCAUGGAUGUUUCAUUGAAGCAUUUAGACUAUUCAAUUCGUUGGAGAAAAUUGACGUGUUUCCUUCAGAAAUCACAUAUGCUACACUGGUCGACAGUCUAUCUAAGGAAGGGUAUUUGCUAGAUGCCAGGAAGUUAUUUGACAGUAUGGUCCUCAAGGGCUUGAAUCCGAAUACACAUGUUUACAACUCAUUGAUUGAUAUAUAUUGCAAGCAAGGUCAAAUUGAGGAAGCCUUGAAGCUUCUCCUUGAAAUGGAGGUAAGGCAGCUUAAGCCUGACAGAUUUACUGUUUGUUUUAUGAUUAAUGGCUAUUGCCGAAAAGGUGAUUUGGAAGGUGCUCUUGAAUUAUUUUUUGAAUUCAAAAGGCAAGGCGUGUUACCUGAUUUCUUGGGUUUCAUGUAUUUAAUAAGAGGUCUAUGUGCUAAGGGAAGGAUGGAAGAGUGCCGAACUAUAUUAACACAGAUGCUUCAGACUCAAUCUAUUGUGGAAUUGUUGAAGAUAGCUGAAACUGAGGUUGGAACGGAGUCCAUUGAAAGUUUUCUUGUCUCUUUAUGUGACCAAGGAAACGUCCAAGAAGCCACUGUGAUCCUCAAUGAAGUUGCAUCUAUGUUUUUCCCUGCUGCGAGGAUGCUUGAUGCUAAUGAUGGAUCAGAAAAGCUGACAGAGCUUUGUGAUGGGAGAGAUAUUGUUACAGUUCAAUCUGAGUCUUUAUUCUCCCCUCGUGAAUCUGAUGAGAAAUUUGGAGUAAGCAAUGUGGGGUCACUAGAGAAUGUAAUGAGAGUACAUGGUAAUCUAGGGAACGAAUCUCUAUUGCCUGACUUUAGGUCUUAUUAUGCCCUAAUUGCUUCUCUCUGUUCAAGAGGUGAGUUGGGGAAAGCUAAUAAACUGGCAAAAAUGCUUUCUGGUUCACGAGUUCGUUAGUUGACUUGAAAUUUAGUGCCUUUGGAAGCUACUGUUCCCUUUAGGUUCAUCUUGGUGGAGAGGAAACCUUGCAGAUAUCAUCUGCAGGGAUGCAGUUGAGUGCACAGCAAUCAGACUCUUUCUGUAUUGUUGACAUCACAUAGGCUCUCCUGAGGAAGAGUAACAGUAACGGAAUGUUUACUUCAAAAGACCAAGAUACAUUUGCUCGACGUACAAAGAGAAAAGGAAAGUGAGGUUGUUCAGGCAAAGCCUCAACAUGAAUCCAUUCGUUCAUUCUUCCAUCUUUCCACGUCGUCUUUCAAGCUUCUGACAUUUGAUCCAUGGUUCUAUAAACUUUGUGUUGGCUCUUAAUGGUGCGUUAUUAUCACACGGAAGGUUUAUUUCCUGUUGUAUGCCCAUCUAGUUCCCGCAUGGAAACUUCAAACUUCCCAUUUUGUACUGAUAGCUAUAUCAUUAACUUCUUUUCUAAAUUUGUAGAGGUGUUGGUUGACAGUUAUUUCUUGAAGGUCCAAGGACACCAUAAAAGAAUCUCGCAGCUGGUGAAGCAUUCUUGAUAGUCUUCAUGUGACUUUCUGUACAAGGAUCUAACUUUGCAGGUGAAUCAAGAUAAUAUUUUUGACAUUCCAGAUUAUACUAUGAACAUGAUGAAUUCUUCAUUUCCAUUUGCUUAGUCCUUGGGCUCUGAUCAUUUGUGCUGCAAAUGAUUACAAUUAAAAAAGUCUGGGGGGUAAGAUAAAACGGGAUUAUGUUUUGUAUGCCUAAAAAGGAAGGAGGUCUGGGUUUUUGGGUCUAAAGGGUUGGAAUAAGGCUGUUAGAGCAUCCGCAAUGGGAAUAAUCAAAAUCGAUAACCAAAAUGUGCCACGUCAGCAUUUGAUUAUCCAUUUAGUUCAUAAUCAAACCUAACGAACUUGAUCUCCACAUUGGUUAUUUUUGUAUCCCUAUAAAAAAAACCCCCCACAAUACGAAAUGCGUUUAUGUCCAAUUGCAAACGAGUUCCAAUCACGCACCCGACCACACCAAAUUAUUCGUCUCGAUGAGACGAUUCUAAUGUGAGGUGUUUUUUAAUUUUUUAGUUUUGAAUUUGGUUGUUGGGUUUGGUUAUUGAGUUUUGGUUAUUGGUAAAAGUUGUUAAGUUUGGUUAUUCAAAGGUCAAAAUUUAAUGAGUUGCUAAGGGGUUGCUAAGUUUGGUUAUUACAAUGUGAGCACUUUUUUGAGCAAACAUUGCUAACUUUAGCAACCUUUUAGUUUUGAUUAUUGCAUUGUGGAUGCUCUGAUGGUCCAUUGCUAAGAAGGCAGAUCAGAUACCUUAUGGAUUGGGUGGACUCACAUAAGUUAUUUAGGGACAAUGCAGGUGGUCCAUGCCUAUUCCACCCUCUGCUUCUUGGACAAUCCGGAAGAUUUUCAGUUUGAGGAGGAUGGUGCAACCAUGGAUUGGAUCUAUUAUUGGUGACGGUCAGGACAUUUUCUUGUGGCUUGACAAUUAGCAUCCCUUGGGGCUUCUCAAAUACAGGUUUGAGGGUAGAAUGGAUGAUAACUUGGUUAGGAGUCUUCAGUCUAAAGUUGCUUCAAUUAUUAGGAAUGGCUCUUGGUUUUGGGCUAGGAGGAGGAAUAGGGCGGUUAAUGAGACAAUGUUUGGCAUCCCCAGCGCCUUGGUUCCUAAUACUGCUCAAAGGGAUUCUGUUAUGUGUACCUUAAAUGGUGAGUUUUCUAUCAAGUCAGCUCGGCAGGGCUUUAGACAGUCCCAGCCUGAAGUUCUUUGGUGGAAGUCAGUUUCAAGAGUCUUUCAGGGUAAGAAGGAAGAUCCAGAUGGUGCUGUGCAGAAAGUCAUUGCUGAUCCGAGAUUUUGCACGAGUGCUUGGAAGAAUAUGACGAGCUCCUCUGCUAAUCGAAGCACAUGUCUAUCUUCGAACAUUUCUUGCAACAUUCUUUGUUGAGAUUUUCUCUCUGUUUUGGCUGUAGUGAGGGAGGCCUAGUUGUUAAUAUUUAGUUUGUUUGUUGUCGUUUGGUUGCUCUGCUGGUAUGUGCUAGUAGCUUGUUUUAGGUUUCGCUUGUAUUCAGUUUCAGGGGUAUGCCCCAGUGGACAUGUCUUCUGUUUUUGUUCAAUAAAAUUUCAACUUAACUGAAAAAAUAGAGUUUCUUCAUUGUUUAA